GUCACUAGCGCCAACUUCAGGUGUAUGCCGAAGUUUUUUCGUGUGAGCUUGGGUUUUGAAAAAUUGAAAAAAAUCGUGCUUUUUCCUCGUCAGAACCAGUGAAAAAGCAUAAAAACGUGCUAAAAAUGGAUCAUUCGGACGACAAUGAGCAAAUUGAGGAAUUGAUAUACUCUGAGGAGGGUGAAGAGCUGGAGGAAGAGACUGUGGAUAUUUUGCCAUCAGAUGACUACGAAAGGGAGGAAGAUGAAGUUUCCGGACCACAAGUCAUCACCGGAGAUCUUCCUCCGAGGAAGAAUAUUGUGUGCAUCAAGUCUACGGGUGGUGGACAGGGUAUUCCACUGCAACUGAAGACCAUUCAGGCCACCAAGAGCCCAGCUAUUGCGUCUCAGGUGCAGAAAUUGAUGGGGAAGCAGGUGACUAUUGUGUCCAAGCCAGUUAACAGUUCUGCAACACCAUCCCCCAUUGCCAUUUCCGCUUCACCGCGCAUGGCAACGUCCACUGGGCAGCUGGGGCAGAAGUUUGCCCUCCAAUCUGGUUCGGGCGGAAAGAAGAUUGUCACGAUAUCUCCAUCUCAAGCGCAGCAAUUCAAACUGGUGUCCUCAGGGUCACCUUCCUACAUCUCCCGGCUCAAGACACUGGGCAGCAGCCCAGGGCAGAAGAUCAUCGUGAAGACUUCUCCCGGAGGAUCAACUACUUCGAAGCUUUCUGGGACUUUUAUUGACAUGGGCAGCGGACAGAAACAAAUGGUAGUGAGCUCGCCCAACAUCCUCAACAUCGGGGCAUCAUCUUCUCAGGGACAGAGUCGCCAGAUGACUGCAGUCAAGGCCCUCAAUGUGCCCAAUAAAGUGCAAGUCGUGAGGGUGAUCAACCCAAAGACCCAGCAGCAGACUCUCCAGAAGAUUGUUAUCGCCAAUCCGCAAAAGAUAAAGGAGGGUCAAUCAACAACACCUCCGAGCACUAUUCCUCCGCCAAAGCUGGUAAUCCAAAGCAAAAACGGCCAGUGCUUCUAUGUGGCCACAUCGCCCACAAAGGCCAAUGCCACCAAGUACACUCUGGAGCCCAAAAGUGGCUCUAGUCCUGGAUCUGGUCAGAAGAGUGGCAUCCCUGUGCCCAUGUCGAAGAUUGUUCUGGACAAGGAUAAGCUCAAAGUGGUGUUUCCAGAGCCGACAAUUCUCAAUUCGAGCGUAUCGAACAACUCCAAGAGUUUCCCUGUGCACGUAUUCACCAGCAAGAGUACCCAUACUCCCGGAUCCAAUACCAACGUGACCACAGUGCGCAAUUUCUCCAACAAACCCAUCAUCACGGAACGCAAGGUGGACAUCAAGGAGAAGAUUGACAUUGAGAAAUUGCUGGAGGGUGGUGGUCUCAAUGCUGAUGGCAAGAAGCGUCCGUGCAACUGUACCAGAUCCCAAUGCCUCAAGCUCUACUGCGAAUGCUUUGCCAAUGGGGAAUUCUGCAAAGGGUGCAACUGCAAGGAGUGCUACAAUAGUCUGGAACAUGAGGAGGAUCGACAGAAGGCCAUUCGAUUGUGCCUGGAUCGCAAUCCAAAUGCCUUUAGGCCGAAAAUUGGUAAGUUCAAUGAGGAAGAUGCCAUUCGGAGGCAGCACAAUAAGGGAUGCAAUUGCAAGAGGAGUGGUUGCCUCAAGAACUACUGCGAAUGCUACGAGGCCAAGAUCUCAUGCUCCAGCAACUGCAAAUGCUUCGGAUGUCGCAAUGUUGAGGGCUAUUUUCCGCGAAGCGAUCAAAUCAGUCCCCAGGCUGCCGGAGUGAAGCGUCGUCAGAGUGAGGAAUUGGAGCCACAACAGUGCACACCCAAGAAGCAAGCAUGCAACUUUAUGACUCCCGACGUCGUCGAGGCGUCCAUUCAGUGUAUGAUUGCCCAAGCGGACGACUGCCAGAAGUCCAGUAUUCCCUUCCUGCUGACCGAAAAGAUGAUUUUGGAGGAAUUUGGACGCUGCCUGGCUGAAAUUAUUGACUUUUCAUUCAACACUGACUACUAAUCUCUGACCCUUUAAUUUCUCUUUUAUUUCUUUUUUGAAAAUCCAUUACACUGCAUAAACUACUGUGUAUCCUCCCGAAAAGUUUUUUUUUUUGCAAAAUAAAGUUAGAAUUUGGGGUACAUGAAGAAAAAA